AUGGCAUUUGCAUCUCCAGUUACAUCCUAUUAUUUGCACAAUCUCUGUUCAGACGCAUUUUCACGUGAACCAAAUUCAAAACCCAGGAAAAAUUUAACAACAUUGAACAAGAUCCACCGUUUUUCCCUUCUCCAUCGCCUUACCAUUUGCAGAACAGAUUACUUUUCACUGUGGGAAGGAAGAGAUUCAUCAAAGUCUAACAUAUUGGCUUCAGUAGCAAGUGCAGAUACUGUACUGGAUGAAGCUGUAGAAAGAGCUCAACUUCCAAAGGGUGACACCUGGUCUAUUCAUAAAUUUGGUGGUACCUGUAUGGGAACUUCUGAAAGAAUACGAAAUGUUGCAGACAUUAUUGUCAAGGACGAAUCUGAAAGAAAAUUAGUUGUUGUUUCUGCAAUGUCAAAGGUGACAGACAUGAUGUAUGAUCUAAUAUCCAAGGCACAGUCUCGUGAUGAUUCUUAUAUUAAUGCAUUGGAUGCUGUUCUGGAAAAGCACACAUCAACAGCAAUUGAUCUACUCAAGGGGGAUGGUCUUACUAAUUUCUUAUCUCAGUUGCAUCGGGACAUCAGUAACCUUAAAGCAAUGCUCCGAGCAAUCUAUAUCGCUGGUCAUGCAACGGAAUCUUUUUCAGAUUUUGUUGUAGGACACGGGGAGUUAUGGUCUGCUCAAUUGCUGUCCAGUGUUAUAAAAAAGAAUGGAUCGGACUGUAAUUGUAUGGACACCAGAGAUGUCCUUGUUGUAAAUCCCGUAAGUUCUAAUCAAGUCGAUCCAGAUUACCUGGAGUCUGGCAAAAGGCUGGAGAUAUGGUAUUCCGACAACCCAUCUAACAUAAUUGUUGCAACUGGGUUUAUAGCCAGCACACCUCAGAGUAUUCCCACAACCUUGAAGAGAGAUGGAAGUGACUUCUCUGCUGCGAUAAUGGGUGCUUUAUUUAGAGCGCGUCAAGUCACAAUUUGGACUGAUGUUGAUGGAGUUUACAGCGCAGACCCUAGAAAAGUGAGUGAAGCUGUGAUAUUGAAGACAUUGUCAUAUCAAGAGGCUUGGGAAAUGUCAUAUUUUGGAGCAAAUGUUUUACAUCCGAGGACAAUUAUUCCAGUGAUGAAAUAUGAUAUUCCAAUUGUUAUAAGAAAUAUUUUCAACCUCUCUGCUCCAGGAACAAUGAUCUGCCGAUCUUUUGUAUGUGAAAAUGAAAAUGAUCAGGGAUUGGAAUCUCCGGUUAAAGGAUUUGCAACAAUUGACCAUGUGGCCCUUGUAAAUGUUGAAGGAACUGGAAUGGCAGGUGUUCCUGGAACAGCUAGUUCCAUUUUUAGUGCUGUGAAAGAUGUUGGAGCUAAUGCGAUCAUGAUAUCUCAGGCUAGUAGUGAGCAUUCUGUGUGUUUUGCUGUUCCUGAAAAAGAAGUGAAAGCUGUUUCCAUGGCUUUAGAGUCAAGAUUUCGUCAGGCUUUGGAUGCUGGACGCCUUUCUCAGAUUGCGGUUAUUCCAAACUGUAGUAUUUUGGCAACAGUUGGCCAAAAAAUGGCGAGUACUCCUGGAGUUAGCGCUACACUUUUCAAUGCACUCGCAAAGGCUAAUAUAAAUAUACGUGCUAUAGCUCAAGGUUGUUCCGAGUACAAUGUUACUGUAGUUGUCAAGCGAGAGGAUUGCAUAAGGGCUCUACGUGCUGUGCACUCAAGAUUUUAUCUGUCAAGGACCACAAUCGCAAUGGGUAUUAUUGGACCUGGGUUGAUUGGUGGAACAUUGCUUGAUCAGCUCAGAGACCAGGCAGCAGUCCUCAAGGAAAAGUUUAACAUUGAUCUGCGCGUGAUGGGUGUCACUGGAUCGCGGACAAUGCUCCUGAGCGAUGUGGGAAUCGACUUAUCAAAAUGGAGAGAUCUUCAAAGGGAGAAAGGAGAGAAGGCUGACAUGCAGAAGUUUGUUCAACGUGUGCAUGGAAAUCAUUUCAUUCCAAAUACUGUCAUAGUGGACUGUACAUCAGAUUCUUAUGUUGCGAGCCAUUACCAUGACUGGUUGCGUCGAGGCAUACAUGUAAUCACCCCAAACAAAAAGGCCAAUUCAGGACCACUAGAGCAAUAUUUGAAGUUGAGAGAUCUUCAGCGACAAUCCUAUACCCAUUACUUCUAUGAAGCAACUGUUGGAGCCGGUUUGCCAAUCAUUAGCACUUUACAAGGUCUCCUGGAAACUGGGGAUAAAAUAUUGCGAAUUGAAGGCAUAUUCAGUGGAACCCUAAGUUAUAUAUUCAACAACUUUGUGGGCACACGAGCUUUCAGUGAUGUGGUGAAGGAGGCAAAAGAGGCGGGUUACACUGAACCAGAUCCAAGAGAUGAUUUAUCUGGAACAGAUGUGGCCAGAAAGGUGAUAAUUCUUGCUCGAGAAUCUAGAUUGAAGCUAGAACUAUCAGACAUUCCAGUUCAGAGCCUUGUUCCAGAACCAUUAAAGGCUAGCGCCUCUACUGAGGAGUUUAUGCAGCAGCUGCCCACGUUUGAUCAAGACUUGGCAAAACAAAGGCAAGAGGCUGAAGCUGCUGGAGAUGUGUUGAGAUAUGUUGGGAUAGUGGAUGUCGUGAACCAAAAAGGAAUUGUGGAACUGCGAAGAUAUAAGAAAGAACACCCCUUUGCACAACUUUCAGGAUCCGAUAACAUAAUAGCAUUCACUACCCAAAGGUACGAGAAGCAACCUCUAGUAAUCCGUGGCCCAGGUGCUGGGGCUGAAGUGACAGCUGGUGGAGUAUUUAGCGACAUAUUGCGCCUUGCAUCAUAUCUUGGUGCACCAUCAUAA